UUGUGUCAGUCUUGUGGUUUGUGGUUCCAGCAGAUUUUAAUCUGAUGUGUUUUAUAUGAGCCACUGUGGAGAGUAGAUUCACUGAAGGAGAAAAAGAGUCUCUCAAACAAAGAUACGAUGGAAAACUCAACAGAGGAGGAAGUGGGCGUCUCUUUGUCACAUUCAUCAGUUCAUGUUAAGAAAGAAACACUGAAACUCAUCUGAACACAUAUCGAGCUUAAUAGGAACUGAAUCUAUAACAACAGAGAAAAUCAUUGAAUAAGAGAGAAGAAUGAAGAUCAUCUGGACUUUCACUCUGCUGAUGAUUCCUGGUGUGUUGAGCUCCAUCAGUGUGACGGGAUAUUCAGGAGGAGGAGUCAGCAUCACAUGCAGAUAUGAUAGAAAAUAUACAGACAAAGUGAAGUAUUUUUGUAAAGGAGAGUGGUCCACAUGCUCUGACCUCAUCAAGACUGAUAUUAAAAACAAAUGGGUUUAUUCUGUAAGAUUCUCUCUGUAUGACGACACAACAGCAGCAGUUUUCACUGUAAUCUUCAGAGAUCUGAGAGAACAGGAUUCUGGCAGGUACUACUGUGCAGUUGAGAGAUCAGGACAAGAUCCUUACAUUGAAGUGAAGCUGAAAGUUUUUACAGGUCAAAAGAUCAGUGCUGUGACGGGAUAUUUAGGAGGAAAUAUCAUUAUAAAAUACAGAUAUGAGAUGAAACAUAAGAACCAUGAGAAAUACAUCUGUAAAACUGGAGAACAUCAAUGCUUAACUCUAAUAAACACUAAUAGAGCAGCAGAAUGGACACAUGACCGAUUCUCUGUUCAUGACGACAUAGCUGCUCGUCUCUUACAUGUGUUUAUCAGAGAACUGAAUGUAAACGAUUCUGGAGAAUAUAAGAUUAUAGUCAAAGUUUCUAAAGACUACAGUUUCUUCUUUAUAUUUCACCUGAACAUCAGAGACGCUGAUUGUUGUGAGAAGAGCAUCAGUCUAUCAGCUGCUGCAGGAGCAUCUGUGAACAUCAGCUGCAAAUACCCACAAUCCCACAGUGCUGAUGUGAAGUUUGUCUGCAGGAGAUCUGGAUCUGAUCUCUGUGCUGAAGAGACGUCUGUGGAGGAGAGCAGAAGAUGGAGCGCUGAGGGACAGAUCCAGCUGUAUGAUGACAGAGAGCAGCAGCUCCUGACGGGAACCAUCAGUCAUGUGACUCGACAACAUUCAGCUGAAUACUGGUGUGGAGUUCAGUCUGAUCAAGGACACAAGAGCUUCAUCACACGAGUCCUCGUCAGCGUUACAGAUGUUCCAAAAACAACGUCAUCGAUACCACCUUUAUUAUCAACUGCUUCUGUUUUCAAAACAUCCACAUCUAACUUCACAUCAGAGUCUCCUAACAUAUUAGAAGGCUCUUCUUUGAUCAUUCCUCUGGUUCUGGUUCUGGUUCUUCUGGUUCUGAUCAUCAUUGGUCUCAUAUUACUGUUUCUCUAUAAGAAGCAUCAGUCUAGGGGCAGUGAUUCGUCAUCUCAGACUGGAGCAGGAAAACAUGAACCGGUUUCUCACACUGAUUGUGAUUAUGAUGAGAUUAAAGUCACUCACAGACAAGUACCCACAAACCCCUCUGAUUCUUAUGUUUACGCUACAGUUCAGGAAGCCACUGGAGACCCUCAGAUCUUGAUCACAUCUGCUGAGGAUCUGAAUUACGCCGUAGUGAAUUUUCGCAAGAAAGCAGACUGUCCUGACAGAGACAGAUUGAGGAAUAAUCAGGAUUACAGUGAAUACGCUGCUGUCAAUCAUCUCUCUGCCUGACCUGAUUUUUUUACAUAAUACUUGCAAUGCCUUAUGCAUCUGAAGCAACUUACAAUACAUUACACCUACUGAAUACACUGAGCUAGUAUAUAUUUUAGAAUCUUAAAAAAACUAUAGAAAUGAAACAAGUGGGUUAACCAAAAAAAAAAAAAAAAUAAAAAAAUUAUAAUUUAAGCCUUUCACCAGGCUCCCGACAGGAGGGGCGCUGAAACAGCCACUAUUUUCCCUUUGGUCACUUUGUUCCCGUUUUGGACAUUUUAAGCUGAUUUUCUGUUAAAUAAAAGUCUCUCCGAGGCCUGACCCCACACCCACUGUAUCAGUCGCUUGCUCUUCCCGCCGCACUGUAUAACUUUACAACAGCAACCCUGCUUUAACAAAAAAGCAAAACAUCAAGAUUUAUUUGACAUCAAAACAAAAAUGUCAAAAAAGCUCUCUAAUCGCUCUCGUGGUACUUUGAUGUCAUACACAGAACAGAUUGUGCAGAGCUGCUUCAAGUCAAACACCUACUGUGUUUUGUUAGGAGUUGCAUAACAGUUCUUCUGUGGCUUUAUAUGAUAGGUCUGGCAGGAAUUGUGGAUGAGGGGAGUGAAUGUACAGUGCUAUCUUCCAUCCUCAAUACCACGACUCAGGUGAGACCCUUGACCAAGGCACCGAACCCUCAACUGCUCCCCAGGCGCCGCAGCAAAAUGGCUGCCCACUGCUCCGGGUGUGGCCCCCGGGGCCACCAGAGGGCCCCCAAGAGUAGGCCCCCUACAUGUUUAUUUUAUUUUAUUUUAAUUUGUGAUAUUAUGUCAAUGGACAAUGGUAAUAAUACGAAAGCUCAAUAUUAAAUAAUUAAAUAAUCUAUAUAAUUUUAUUAUUUCCAUAGCGACAUGUCAUGCAGGCACAAUAAUGACCAUGUUAUAUGUAAUAUGCGCUGGAUGCUGCUGUGUAGAUCUGUCGGAUUAACAUCACAUAAAUUCACCUAUUUCUCAGAAUAUACAUUAAAGUAAGUGACCAGUUAGCUGGGAGAAAAACAGAGUAAACUUUAUAGUAACCUACACAAUGUGUAUUUGAUAGGAAUAAAACACGUCGUCAGGGGCGGAUUGGCCAUCUGGCAAUUCUGGCAAAUACCAGAGGGGCCGGGUCAGAUUUUUAAAAAAUAUAUAAAUAAAAUUGUUUUUAAGGGCCAUUGUUUUUACUCGGCACAGGACAGGGUUUUAUCGCUUGCAUGAUUUCACUAUGGUUAAUAAUAAUAUUAAUAAUAAUAAACGUUAAAGGGAUAGUUCACCCAAAAAUUUAAAUUAGCCAAAGAUUUGCUCACCUUCAGGUCAUCCUAGGCGUGUCUGACAUUCCUCUUUCAAAUGAACACAUUCAUUAUAUUCAACAUUGUCCUGUCUGUUCCAAUCUGUAUAAUUGCAGUGAAUGGUGCCCCUGUUUCUGAAUCCGAAAUAAAAGUACCCUUCUAUCGCAAAACUACUCCACACGGCUCCGGGGUGUUAAUAAAGGACUUCUGAAGCGAAACGAUGUGUUAGUUUAAGAAAAAUGUUGAUUCUUAAAACUUUAUCAACCGUUUAGUCCAGCUUCCGGUCU